AUGUCAAAGGAAAAAGAAUGGAACCUCCUUUUCCCCCCUGAGCAAACAGUAAGUUUGGGUCCUCAUACAGAGGCUACACCUUAUCUUAUCCUUCAAAGGGUUGAACAAAAUCAGAUGACUCUUAAAGAGUUAAAUUCCAUAAUCAAAUCCAAUAAUUAUACUAAUGCCUACCUUGUUUGCCUAGGAGAACAAUUUAUUUCUCUAGAAAAGGAACUUUUAUCCAUAAAGGACCUUUUAGACAAACAAAUAGCUCGUCAAAAGAUUAUCAUUGACCUUAUUAAUAAGCCUAAACCUCAAUAA